AUGCAGUUGAUGCAAGAUUUGAAUGGAUUGAAGCAGGCGUGGCCCCACCGGGAGCAGCAGGUUGAGCUACUGGCACUGCUGCUGCAGCGGCAUGCGCCGGAUGUGCUUGUGCACGGGCCGCCAUGCACAGGCAAGACGGCCAUUGCGAGGGCCGUCGCAGAGCGGCGCCCGCACGCCUAUCUGCGCUGCACGCGCUCCUCCAAGCUCCGCCAGAUCCUGUCCUCGGUCCUCAGCCAGCUGCAGGGCGGCGUCGGUGCCGGCGCCGGCGUCGGGGCAGGCAAGCGCAGGCGGGCGCAGGGGUAUGCCGCGCCGGGCGGCUCGGAGGCGACGCUUAUUGCGGACCUGCAGGCGGUCUGCGGCGCCGGCACGGGCGAUGCAGCGGCGGCGGGCAGCGGGCGCGACCAGCAGCAGCAGCAGCAGCAGCAGCAGCAGCAGCAGCAGCGGUUGGUGGUCCUGGACGACGUUCACCACCUGCUGAUGGCGGACGACGCGGCGGCGCGGCCGGGGGACGGCGCACCCGUGCUCCGCGGCCUGCUGCAGCUGCGGGAGCAAGCCGGCCUGGCCAUGUCAUUCGUCCUUAUCAGCGGCGCAGACGCCGGCGCCGGGCCGCUGGCGUGCCUGGGCCAGUGCUGCUCCCUGCAGGUGGUGGCGUUCCCUCAGUACACAAAGGACCAGCUGCGUGACCUGCUGCUGCGGUCCGCGCCCUCCGGCACCGACGCCGGCCUCUACUCCCGCUUCCUCGAGAGCCUGCUGCUCGCCUCCACCACCAAGGCGCGCGCAGGCCCGCGCGUGUCGUUGUGCCUCGCAGACCUGCGCAAGGCGGCGGCGCAGCUGUGGCCGGCGUAUGUCAAGCCCCUCGGGAUCCAGGCUGGGGCACAACAACAGCAGCAGCAGCAACACGCGGCAGCCGCGUGCGAGGACCGGGUGGCCGAGCUCUUUGCCGCCGCGAGCUCGCGAGCAGCGGCGCUGGCGCGCACCUUUGAGCCGGGCGCCGCCACGGCCAGCGCCGCGCCGCUGGCUGGCGCGGCGGGCGCGGGGGGCGGCGAGUUGCUUCUGCAGGGCCUGGGGGGAUCGGGCGACCUGGAGCUGCCGUUGAUUUCCAAGUUCCUGCUGGUCUCAGCUUUCCUGGCGUCCCGCAACAAGCCCAGCGUGGACAAGCAGCUGUUUGAGAACAGCAGCGGGUCGCGGCGGCGCGGCGGCGGGCGGCGGAGGGGGGGCCAGCAGUCGCAGGACCGGCAGGCCGAGGCGGCAAAGGCGGCCCAGCUCAAAGGGCCCCACUCCUUCACCCUGCAGCGGCUGCUGCACAUCUAUCGCAUGCUGCGGCGCGCCGACCCCGGGAGCGCUGUGGCUGGUGCGGCGGAUGGCGGCAGCGGCGGUGGUGGCGUCGGCGGCUCGCACGCUGGCCCGACGAGCGCGGCUGCGGCGGCGGCCGCGGCGCUGUUUGGCGGUGGGGCGCGCGGGCCACCCGGCGCCGGCUCGUCGUGGGCACCCCCGGCCGGUGCAGGCUGCAGCUGCGAUGACGACGGGGCCUCUGCACUGGACGUGGAUGGCGCGGCGCUGCUGUCAAGCGUUGCUGGGCUCGUUGGGCGCCGCAUGCUGAGCGGCGGGGGCGGCGGCGAGGACGCGCUCGGCGCGCCACGGUAUCAGUGCGAGGUGCCGGCGGCGGUGGCGGAGCGGCUUGCGGUCGAGCUGCGCGUGAACCUGGCGGCUUACCUGCGGUAUGUCUGA